AUGAAUAGAUUGAGGGGGAUCAGUCUGCUGUAUCUCCUAACUCUAUGUUACAUCAACCUCUCAUCUGGAGUCUAUAUAGACAUCAACAAUUUAUAUGGAAAGGGUUUAAAAAUUUUAAAAUAUACAAAAAAUAAUGUGAAAAAAACAAUUAUUUACUCAACUACCAAUCUGCCCAUAACUGGCCUCAUGGAUAACGGUAGUUUAGUCUGGUCAGAUUACCUCAGCGAAAAUUGUGAAAAAAUAAUCGUAAAUCGGUUUGCCCACUCGAGAGAUUUAAUAGUAGAAGUGUUCCUUUUAAAGCCAAUGUUCACUAAAACUAAAAUUUAUCUGAAGCAUAAAGGUGAGUAUUCACGAAUCACCAAACAGAUUUUUCGAAACAAAAUCAAAAUUCUAAGCGAAAUCCAAAACUAUGGGCCAGAAAAAAUCUUUACACCUCAAGUUGAAACAGCUACAACAAGUGAGCAGACCAGAAAAAGGAGAAAGCCAACAUUGCAACCCCAAACGAAACCUAAGGCUAAAAAAAGGAAAAAAACACCCACAACAACUAAAGACGGUCAAACUAGUGAAGAUUCUGAAGCUAUAAUUUCUUCAACAAGUUCUGACUCUGAAUCCGAAAGUUCUGAUUUAAGUCAAAAAAUUGAUGAAUCCAGCGAUGACUCUGAUGAAUCGACAACAUGUGAAAUUGAUGAUACAAGUUCUGAAUCCAGUGUUAAAGCAUUUGAUCCCAGUCAUAAAGUUGUGUUGGAAAAUGUUUCGGAAGGUAAUUUAAGCGAUAAAUCAGGGGGAUUGUUGAGUGAUGUACCUAGUGAUUUGAGUUUUGAAAGGUCUGUUACCCCGGUUGAAACACCAAUUCCAACACCGUCCGAUCCCGUUUUCGAUGUUUCAGAAGGGGAGUUGGAGGCUGAAAUUGUCCAAAUAGAAAUAUCAUCGGAUAGUGAUGUUGAUCUAUCUAAAAACACUAAAAUACAAUCCGAUGUAAAAAAAACCAAGGUUGGUUCCUUUAAAAAGGGUGGAAAAGGGACUAAAAUUGGUAAGACUCAAACUGAUCCGAUAAAGACAAGGGUACGUUCAGUUCAAACUGAAUCGAAACGAACUAAAAUUGGUAAAACUCAAACUGAUCCAAAAAAAACCGAGGACUCGCAAACUCAAACGGAUGCUAAAAUAGAUAUCCAAGAGGGUAAAUCGGUAGAUGAAAAGAAAACUGAAGUUUCUGAAUUAAGAAUAACGGAUUCAAUAAAGGCAGAAGAUGGUUCUCAUGGUGAUGUUACUCCGUUGGAGAAAAAAGUGUUUCCAACAGAUUUAUACCAUCAGGAUUCUAGUUUGGAAUUUGAAAUAAGAAAGAAGCUUAGGAGCUUGAAGGAGUCGAAAUUUGCUGAGGAAAGCGGUGAUAAAAAAUUACCAUCCAAAUACAUUUUAGACAUCACAAACCUUAAAAGUAACCCCCUGAUAUCUUACCAUUAUGAAAUUAAUGACGGAAUUGUAUCACUGAUAAUAAAGGUAAAAGAGGGUAAAGUCAUUAAUCACAUUGUUGCAGGGAAUCAGCUUAUUCAUAAGUCGAUCGUUGGUAAAUUAUUAUGUUUAACGAUAUUUUCACUAUUUGGUCAAAUGAAAUUAAUGGAGAUUAUAAUGGAAGAAGAGAUUGGAAACUACGUAAUGAAUUACAAAAAAGGUGUUAUUUUCUGGGUGGAGUCAGACGCCAAUUCAUUUCAACAGUCCUAUUUGGACCUUAAAAAGGAGAUAACCCACAUUGCAGAUGUGAGUUUGGACAUUAGUAGUGAAAUUGAUGAAAGCUUGCUUUAUUGUAGAAGUAUUGAAAAAAAUGGACUUUAUCAAUUAAUUUAUUACCCAAAAACUGGAUAUUAUUUGAAGAGAAUCAAAUGUAUUACGAGCUUAGUUUGGAGAUCUGACACAAGAAGAUGUCUUUCAGCAACUCUAACAAUGGAUAAAAAUGAUAUUAUCAGACUCAUCAAGCUGGAAUUACUUGAUCCAACUGAUAAUAAUGUUCGUGAAUUGCAUUUUUUCUUAUCAAAUGACAUUUUUACACGCAUUUCUGAAAGUUUAUACGAAGAAAUUUUGGAUUCUGAGUUAAUAAAUACUACUCAAACACACGAUGAUUCUGAUGAUUCUGAUGAUUCUUAUCAUCCAAGCCCUAUUAAACAAUUUAUAACCACUCAACAAUUUAUUCCAGAAACUACAAUUCAACAACCAACUCCACAGGGUGCUCAAGAACCCGAAUCUGAUGUACUAAUUCCAGAGACUGUUCACGUGGAAUUGGAAUCUGAUGAUGAAGAAAUUGACGUGGUAAACUUAUCAGACGAAGAUAUUACUAAAGUCAGUGAACCAGCGGAUGAAAGUAGUACUACACAUAAGGAAGAAAUUGUUAAAAUCACACCUAUAAAACCUAUACCCAUUCGACCAAUCCCACAUCUACCACCUACUAUUCCCCCUCCUCAGGUUGCUAUUCCUCCACUACCCACUGUUUCACCUACAUCUGAUACUCCUCCUGAACCUAUUGCUUCACCUACAUCUGAUACUCCUCCUGAACCUAUUGCUUCACCUACAUCUGAUACUCCUCCUGAACCUAUUGCUUCACCUACAUCUGAUACUCCUCCUGAACCUAUUGCUUCACCUACAUCUGAUACUCCUCCUGAACCUAUUGCUUCACCUACACUUGCCACUGUUAUUUUAGGUACUAAAAAGAAGGAUAAAGAUAAGGAAAAGGGUAAAAAAGAUAAAAAGCCUAGAAAGCCUAGAAAGCCUAAGGCAAGAGGCGCGAAACAGACCUCUGGAGAUAUUAGUAUACCAAGCGGUAUCAAAGAUAUUACUAGCAAAAAUGUUGAUGUUGUUGAGAUUACUGAUAGUAGUAGCGUUGAAGAUGAUGGUGCUGUAAGUGGUGAAACAGUUAGUGUUGGUAGUGAAGAUGAUAAUGACGGGCUUACUGUGCAAAAGGUAUCCUUUGCCAAUGCGUUAGUUGAUUUAAAUAUAUUCGAGAGUCAAUCGUUUAUUGAGGAGAGUUAUGAUGGAAUUAAGUGUAAAACUUUUUAUCCACCGGAAGGAUAUGGUUUUAAGCGUAUAUUGUAUGAGAAUUUUCAAAUUUGGUGUGGCUGGAACUCUGAGUUUAGUAAUUUUGUACGAGUUUGCCAACUCAAAGGAGGUCCUAUGGUGGGUCUAUUUAGGACAAUUAAACGGAUACCAUUUAAUAUCAGAAGACAUUACUUUGUAGAAUUAUACAAUGGGAAAUGGACAAUAAUUGAAGAAAGUGAUUUCAAACUACUCAUUGAACAAUAUGUCAACUCGGACUCGGAAGAUAAUAAUGAAGUUACAGACAAUGAAUAAAACAACCAUAAUAAUGACAAUUAACUAUAAAUCGAUAUAAAUUAAUAAUGAAAUAAAACUAAAUCAAGGCCAAAAUAUAGAUAAAUUAACGGGUAAUUAAGUGUGUAAAUGUGGUUAGUUGUGAAUUAUAACAAUUCGAUGGAUUAAGUCUGACUUCUUGGGGAUUCUAACAUAUUUACAACAACACAAGCAGGUGAUAAUUAGAAUGUAUUAGUAUAAUGAAGGAUUAAGUAUAAAAAAUGUGUAAAAAAGAUCCCCA